AUAAAGUGAGUCGAGCUGGACACACAUACUUGGACCAGGAUGAAGGGUUUAGUUGUCCACGUCUGGCUUCUCCUACUGCUCCUGAACCAAAGAAACAGUAACCUGGCUUCAGCGUUACCAUCAAAUUUACCAUCAUUUCCAACAUCAUCAGCAUGGACCACACCAGACUCACCGAAUCUGGGACUAUCUUCAUCAUCCUCUUCAUCUUCACGAACCUCCGCACCAUCAUUAUCUUCACCAUUGCCAACAUCUUCAUCAUCAAUAACCUCAUCAUCAGUUUGUAAUACUUGCACUGAAAAUGAGGUCUGUGAAGAGAGAGAUGGUGUCUAUGGCUGUGGUUGCUUGCAAGGACAAAGACCAAAUCCUGAAAUCUUUGAUGCUGUGGAGUCUUGUGCCAGCAGCACUGGCUCCAUGUCUCUAUCCCGCUGCCAGCUCUUUGAAUCUGGUUUUCGUUCUGAGAACCUGCACCUAAAUGACCCAGGCUGCAGAGGAACCCUUGAGAAUGGCAGACUUGUGUUUCAUUUUGACAAUGAAGACCACAUAUGUGGUACCACUCUGAUGAGCAACAGGACUCACUUCAUCUACCAAAACACCAUUCAGUGUACUCCGAGAAACACUGACCAGAGCAUCAUUACGAGAGAGAGAUGGAUGAACAUUACAUUCUCGUGUGUGUACCCUCUGAUCCAGAACCUGUCUAUGAGCAAUGUUAUCCAAGCUGAAGGCGGAAGUGAGAUAAGCGAGGAGCCUCCUGCCGGCCAGGGCACAUACCAGAUACGCAUGAUUCCCUACCAUGAUGCACAGAUUACUAGCCCAUAUGAUGGGGAGGUGGAAAUACAGGUGAACCAGCAGAUGUAUGUGGCGGUUGAGGUGGAAGGAGUGGAUCGAAAUCAAAUCGCAACAGUUCUGGACAACUGCUGGGCCACACCUGUUAAUGAUAUUGACUAUCAUCUUCGCAGGGAUCUAAUUAUUGGAGAAUGCCCGAACCCUGAAGAUGGCACAGUGGAAGUUCUUCAGAAUGGUAUUGAUACAGCGAGCCUCUUCUCCUUCAGGAUUUUAACCUUCUCAGGAAUCUCUGACCACAUCUUCCUGCACUGUCAGGUUCAUCUUUGCCUUGUGCAGAGUGGCAGAUGUGCAACGUCAUGCGACCAUGCAUACAGACGUAGAAGGCGGCGCAGAUCUCUGGACUUCCACCACUCGGCAGCGAUCACCGUGGGUCUCAUGAGGGGUCUCAGUAACCCCGCUGAAUGAAAGAUUUUGCAUUUAUCAUCAAAAAAUGAAAUUUAAAUAUGAUUUGAAAGCACUUCCUUAUCUUGAAACGACUACAUUUAAAACAGAGAGAUAUUUUAAAUAAACACACCACUUAUAAAAACUAACUGCUUGCUGAAAAACAAUUAAAAAAGUUAA